GAAAAGCAGGCUAAAGAGACAGUGGCGUGACGUCACGGGAGUAUUUGCAUACUGCGCAGUAUUUAUUGCGUGAUCGCCGGCGUAGCCCUCACUCUGCUCCUGUGCCAGCGGAACGUGCAUCCUGUUUUUUCCUCUGACAAAAACCCUGAGCCUCUACAGACAUGGCUGACAAACCUGACAUCACAGAAGUCACAACCUUCGACAAGACCAAGCUGAAGAAGACAGAGACUCAAGAGAAAAACACACUGCCAACAAAAGAAACCAUUGAACAGGAGAAGACCACUUAAUGAAGCCUUGUCCUCCUGUGCACUGUACAUUCCACAAGCCUUGGCUUUUUUUUUUCUCAACUUUUUCAACAUGUAUUUUAAGUUGAAGUACUUACUAACUGACAAAACAAUGGCUGUACAACCCCCCACCACUCACUUGUCUAGAUAUAUCUCUGUACAAUAAGUGGCUUGACAUCAACAUGGGUUCCUGGUCAUCUGUUGCUGUGGCUGCAUCUCCAGUGUAGUUGAAGAGCAGGUGUAUCAUGAAACACCUGAGGGACCAACACUUCAUGAGUUGUAUCUGCUACUCUGGCCUCUUGUGAAUGCUCACACAAAUCUGGAAUGCACAAGUUUUGUCACACAUGCAAAAUAAAAAAUGUAAAUUGA